AUGGGCAGAAAGAAACGCGGAGAGAAGGGCAACAGUUUUGCCGUACUCAACAGUUAUAAAAUCAUGUGGCUCUUUGUCAGUUUUGACUUACCGGUGGUAGCUGUUGAAGAGCGUCGCGCUGCGACGCAAUUCCGCCAUUUUCUGCUGGAAGAAGGUUUCUGGAUGCAUCAAUACUCGGUAUAUACCCGUCAUUGCAGCAGCAAACAGGUUUCCAUGCAGCUGACCAGGCGCAUUCGACGUGCAGUACCCCCGCAGGGUCAUGUGUCGAUUCUUGAAGUGACCGACCUGCAAUACAGCAAUAUUGUCAAUAUCUGGGGUCGUAAGCCCAAACAGCUCAAACCGGCCCUGCGGCAACUGGAAUUAUUUUAG